AGAGGACUGUCUCGAACGCUUGAACCGCAUUAGUGCGCCAUCGCACAUUGAACUACGGUCAGAACGCCAAGACGUGCUCCUCAGGAUUAAAGUAAUUAACUCGUUUUUUAUCACAUAUAAACGCGUUGCUCCCACAUAAAGCUGUUUAAAGGAUAUCGGGGACAUUUGUCAGGCUGAACCUGAGUUGUGUUACACUCUACGGACUCUUUUGUUUGGAGUGUGAUUCCAUUGAACUUGGUCCAUUGUUGUUGGAUGAGAAGCUCAACUUGGCGUUGAGGAUUCUGGCAUCGAAUACGACUCUGCAAACAGUGGUCAGUUGUCAGAUGUUGAAGGAAGGACACUGUACUUCAAGGAUAAAAAUGGCUGUGUCCUAGAUUUUUGGAAGAGUUUUCAUCCUGACCACUAACACUAUCCUGGAUCUGAAAGAGUGACUCAUCUCUUGGUGAGAAAAGAGGAUUUUAAUUUUCUGUGGACAGUAAUUGAGAAGUCAUCAUGCCUAUUUUGAAGCAGCUUGUGUCCUCGUCCUCCCAGUCAAAGCGGCGCUCUCGUGCUGACUUGACUGCAGAAAUGAUCAGUGCACCUCUGGGAGACUUCCGUCACACGAUGCAUGUGGGCCGAGGAGGCGAUGCUUUCGGGGACACCUCCUUUCUUAGCAGCCGCUCAGGGGAGCCACCAAGGGAGCCGGAGGUACAGCAGAGCUCACCUAAACAGAGCCUCCUUUCCCGUACCUUCCGAAGCAGCAAGCGCUCCCAGUCGGUCAAUCGCGACAAGCCUGACAAAUCCAAACUAGCGCCCCCUGGAGGCUCUCCAAGUUAUGUAAAAAAUGCAAUCUCGCUGCCAUAUUUGAAUGAUGACUACGCAGGACGGGGUACAGAAAUCCACCUUCCCAAAAGCGUGUCCUCGAGUCCUUUAAAAAACGCUCCAGAAGUUGAUGGAAAGCCGCUUAACGGAGCCGCAGCGCCCGCUGUAUCGGACCUGGAGCUGGACGAGAGGAAUUUCGGUGAGCUGACCGACUUGCGUCCAUCAGUUCCUUACACCGGAGGCAUGAAACAUGCAGAGUCCAUCAUGUCCUUCCACAUUGAUCUGGGUCCCUCCAUGCUGGGCGACAUCCUGAGUGUGAUGGACAAGAAGGGCUUAGAUGAUGACGAUCUGGGAUUCGAAGAGGGGAAGAGCAGCUCGCCGCCCCAGAGUCCUCCCAAUGAAGUGGAGGAAGAGGACCCCCUUCCUCCGAUCCGGCCUCCACGCCAAAGGCCAGGCACCAACCCUUACACUCCAGAGCUCCAAACCAGGAACCAUCAACACUUGGACAGCUGUUCCCUCUCAAGUUCAGGGUCCACCGUGCUGGAUGAAAAACCCCACAAUCAGAUUUAUGAGGGAAAUAUGGACAACAUCAAGUACAGCUCACCUCGAUUCCAAGACGACAGAGACUUCUCCUACAUGGAUGAGGACGAUGACGACGAGGAGAUUAAGCUGUAAAAUGAGCCGUAAUUUGCCAUAACAGUCUUUGCAAAGACUAAAAGAAGAGGAGGAGGUGGGUUGUGGUCGAUUGGUGAAUGCAAAGCCUGUACGUGGAGGACUGAUUUGAUAAUGGAGAUGAAAGGGAAAACCUACGUUUUAGCCCUUGCUAAAUACUUUUUCACUACAAUUCCUAGUUCAGGUAUACAAACCUUCUAUUACUUGUGACUUUUACCAGAGCCGCCACAGCUGUGAGAGGAAUGCGCUUGUGUGUUUGCAUAUGCCAAGGCGAGGAAAUUCCGUUUCAAAUGGUAAUUACGGUCUCGUGAGUAUCGUUAAUGAAUUCCAGUGUUGACCACUGGGAACGCUGAUAACUGGAGGUUUGUGUGGAACCAAACCUCAUAUUCUCCCAUGAUCGACACAGUGCUCGGAUGCAGCUCGCUUAUGCCUUUGGACUUCCAAAUCAUUGCCAACAGUCUUAAAUUUCACAAUCUUUGAUUCCAUCUUUAAGUUAUAUCCUAAAUUUUGUACACAAAUCUGUAUUGAUGUAAAUUGAUUUGAAUGCCAUAAACGUGUUUGGAGGUUCAACACAACGCUUUAUCUCUGGCAUAUGUUACUUUUUUUUUUCUGUUGAGAGUUGUUUAUGUAGUGGAUCUGGACUUUGUCAUGUGGUCCGUGUGUGUUUAAGAGGAUUUUCUGUCGGGUCACAUGAAAUUCUCAAUCUUGGAAACUUUAGAUUGAUGGGAUACAGAACCCGUUAGCAGUGGUGACGCUGUUUGGAGGCAGUCGGAUCAGUGUGAGUGGAACCAAUGACGAAGUCAAUUUUUUGUGUGUGUGAAUGAGGAUUGAUGUCAAGAGGGCUGAGAAGUGUGUUAUUUGAUUAUCAUUGUAUAGGCUCAGAGAUGAAGGGGUAGCUCUCUUAUUCAGGGUCUAGUGUAGUGCCUCGAUCUUCAAACCAUGCUCAUCAGCAGAAGUGGCUAUAGAGGGGUUUUCAUCCCUCAAUGGCUCUUGUAGUUCUUUGUAUUUAGGUUUUGAAUAGAGAUAAGACUUAUCACCCACCCGUGAUAAGACUGUAACUUGUAUAGCCACUCUUCAAGUUAGUGCCAUACCCUUUGUGGUGGGUAAACAUAGACAGAAAUGUACUUUAUUCAAAUUCUUUAACCUCAAAAUGAGCAAACUUGAUCCUCCAUGCAAUAUUAUCUUACAGAGAUUGUUGAUGCGGUUGAAACAGAUCUGACUCAUUCCAAAGCUUUCACUUGAUUUUCCAUAAAAGAGAAGUGUGUAAUUUCCUUGCCACUAGCAGGACCAAAAUGGAAUUCAUUAAUAGUAAUAAAAAAAAAAAUAAAUAAAAAAAAAACGGCAGUAUUCAGUUUAUGGUCAUUUGGAAUAUUUAAAUGGAUUCCAUAACUUUGGCUCAGCCAAUCAUGUAAGUUUGGGGGCGGGGCUACUGAUUUGUUUGAUUGAAGUUUCAAACAUCUGCAUCUACCAUUAAUCAUUUUUGAAAUUCUGUUUAGUGCUGCAGAAAUUACACACUUCACAUUUAGGUCUCUAUUAUAAGACUUUCACAAACCAGCAAGAAAAAUGUUUUAAAACAACAGAUAGCACAUUUGCCAUAAAACUGACGAGAUAUUUAACACUAUGGGCUCACCACAGAAAGCAUCAACUAAUUGCUGAUGAUUAACAUCCUGGUAUCUCAGCAAGUAUUAACUGUUUAUCGUGCACUUUGGAUCACAGUUAUGUUCUGGGGAGAUAAUUUAAGUGUUCCACUCUUGAUAUAUGUACAUAAUGUUUAGUUAUUCAUUUCAUGUAUAUUUGAGGUUUUUUUUUUAAUUGACGUUAUUGUUUAGUCAACAGUGCUGGCCCUGUAAUCUGACAUUGUAAGCACACUAGGAGCUGAAGAGAACACCAUUUUGUAGAAUUGGUAAUAUUUGUAAACAGUUGGUUUUCUGCGAUACAGAAUUAUUAUACAGAUUUCUCGGUGGCCUUUACCUUCACUUUGUGAUCAGACUAACUACAUUAUUUGCUUACUCAUCUGUUUUUCGGUGGUUUGUGAACCAGCAUGUCUGUUCAGAGGAACAAGUAAGGUACGAUUGAUAAAGGUACGAUCCUUGGGUGUUUUUCAUUGUGUAUAGAAUGGUUUGGGAAAGGGCUUGAUUAAAGGGGUACGAGGGGCUUGUGUGGCCUUAUAUCUGGUUGAAAUGCUGCAUUUGUCUUCUAGCACAAAAGGAGGAUAAUCAAAUGUGCCAAUUUCUUCUUUUCCUGUUUUGUUGCCCUUUAAUUUUUGUUCAUACGGGUUAAGGAAGUGGUCUUGGAGAUAUCACGCUGCACGCAAAGGUUUUGAAGACGACCAGAUGUCCGGAACUGGAUUUGUGAGACUGAAAAUGAGCUGGAAUGCUGGACUGUAACAGGUUUUGAGAGCACCAGGGCUCCCUCUACAGUAGUUUUCUUACAGGCCAUCAAUACUUUAACUAGUGUCUAUGCUUAGAGAGACAACAGUAUCAUCCAUAUAUGAUGGCAUAGUUACUAUAUGUCUUUGCUUAUUUACUAUAUGAGCACAUCUUCCUACAGAUAAUUAUUGACGAACACUAAAGUAUGAACCAUCUCUUUAAUUUUCAAGUGUUUGCUGUUUAUCUUUUUUUUUUCACUUAAUGUCUGCAUUAUUCUGUACUGAAAUAAUAUAUAAUGCCCUGCCUUACUUUCCCUUGCAAAAUAACAGUUCUAUUUUUCAAUAAAUAAGAAAGCUGAUAAACUUGA